CUAGAUGCCUGUGAGUUUGAAAUCCCCAAGCGCUAUGAUCCUGAUGAACGACGUGACUCAAACCAUUCCAAUAACAAGAUUGCCAUCCAAGAAAUAGACGCUGCCAUUUAUUCUAAUCCAGACAUCAUUGAUGACUUGGCCGUUCCAGCUCCCGAGCCUCCCCCCCUGGGGUCACUGAUGUUCGAGGUUCGUUACGAAAAAUACGAAGAACAGUUGAAUGUCCAUUUGAUAGGCGCACAAAGGCUGCCGGUCAGGCACUUGGUAACCGAGCCAGGCGUUGCUUCUCAUGGUGGGAUCAUAAAAUGUGAUCCGAUGGUAGAAGUCUGUUUACUGCCUGAGGAAAAGCCAGUUGUAGAGAGCUACACCCAGUUUGGGAUUCAGGAUCCAAAGUUUGAUGAACAUUUUGCGUUUAAGCUCUCUUCCUCUGAAUUGAACAACAAAACUUUGAGGUUUACUGUUUAUGACCAUAAAAGGCGACACAAACUUACGCCGAUAGGUCACGUGUUGUACUCCUUAAAAGGACUGGGAAAAGCUGGGGCCCUAGAAGAAAAGAUCGUCGAAAGAAAUCUGAAGCUCAACUCACAGGUAAAAUUAAAAGCCACGAUGAAAUCUCGGUUGUCUCAGUGUUGUAGUUACUGUUUACCUUUGUCAUCGCUAUCCCAAUCCCGCGCCUGUGCCCAAAUUUUGGCGAAUCCCACUUCCCGGGUAGCAAUCAAAUCCCGUAUCCCGUUAACGUCUGCCGAAUCCCACACUGUAUUUUGAUCAAAUCCCGGGUCCCGGGAGCUCCCAACAUAAACUGCGGCACCGUUGUUUUCAUCUUUGAUUUCCGCCGGCUUUCAGGGUCAGUCUUCUGUACUACUACCACCACUAGUGCUGCUACUCUACUACUACUACUACUACUACUACUACUACUACUGCUACUACUACUACUACUACUACUACUACUACUACUACUACUACUACUACUACCACUACCACUACCACUACCACUACCACUACUACCACUACCACUAACACUACCACUACCACUGCCGCUGCCGCUGCUGCUGCUGCUGCUGCUACUGCUACCGCCGCCGGCUUUCAGGGUCAGUCUUCUUUACUACUACCACUACUACUGCUGCUACUCUACUACUACUACUACUAUUACUACUACUACUACUACCACUACCACUACCACUACCACUACCACUACCACUGCCACUGCCACUGCCACUGCCACUGCCACUGCCACUGCCACUGCCACUGCCACUGCCGCUGCCGCUGCCGCUGCUGCUGCUGCUGUUGCUGCGGCUGCUACUGCUACUGCUACGACGAGGACGACGACGACUACGACGACUACGACGACUAAUAAUAAUAAUAAUAAUAAAUUUAUCUCAGCUGGCUGAGCGGGCAAACCAGUUGGCUUUUUACAAGCUUGGUCUAGGAUUUGUACUCGCGACCUCCGUUUUCUGAAUUGCAAGUCCUGCGUUCCAAUCGCUCAGCCACGCUGCCUCCUCUAACUUUGCUCACACUUGCUGUAAGAAUAGUUAAUUAAUUUGUUUUCCCAGUUUCUGCUCUUCAUAACUCUGCUUACACUUACUCAGCAUGGUUUUUGUUUUCUCUUCGUUAGCCUUACGGUCACACACGUGGUGAGAUACUAGUGUCGCUAAACUACAACCCAGGAUUUAACACCAUCACAAUAGGAAUCGCCAAAGCUAAAGAUCUCUUGAACUUUGAUGGCCAAACAUGUAGAGGUUAGUGAUCGUUUUAUGACCGUCUAUUUCACUAAAAGAAAGAUGUACUGAGAAAAUAUAGAUUUUCAGUUAGUCGAGCAGAAAUACCGGAACUGCUUGAAUAAAAGACAUACAGUAUAGCGGGAGAAGUAUUCAACAUGUAAAUAACUGUCCUUCUUGACUGAAUAGUAAUAUAUUUAUUUACACUUUAUGUCCAUUAACUUGAAAAUUCAUCAUUGCUGAAAAUUUAUUUCCAUGGGCUGAAUUCACUUUUAUCAGUCACUGCGUCAACACCAGGGUCGAUUGAUCCACCCCUAAUGAGAACUAUUAAGUUUUUGAGCUCUAGUUUUCCCUCUAAAGUUCUCAUGACAUCAAAACAGUUUUUAAAAUACUUUUCGCUCGUUUUCACAAUGAUGUGCAUUUCAAAAUCUAGACUCUUGAAAAUGUCAUUUUUUGUAGAAUACUUCGUGAAAGUCACAGAAGUUUGCUCAGGAAACAAAGUCAAAACAAAACGUACACCUGCAACAGACGGUGAAAGAAACCCAGUCUUCAACACUACACUGUAUUUCCAAGUCUCUCUUCAACAGCUCAGACACACGAGCCUGGUGCUGACCCUCGUCGGUCGUGGAAAAAUGAGGAGUAAGAGUACAGUAGGCCGCGCCAUCCUGGGACCCAGUAUCUAUGCGUCUGAUAGCGAAAGAAAUCACUGGGGUCGAAUGAUCAUGUCACCUAUGAAAACUGUUGAGCAGUGGCAUGCGUUAUAUUUAUAAUUAUGGGUUCGGAUUAUUCGUGAACAUUUCAUUCCCUUUCUUACAUUUUCAUCACACUGGCCAGGAGCCCACUGACGACCAGGAGCGGACAACUCCCUUGUUCCUAAGCAACGGCGUUUUCACAGACCAGUUUAGCUUUAGAAAGAUUUUCCCGCGAAUUUUGAAUAUUCGUAUAUGGAACGGUGUUUUCAUUUUCGCGGGAAAAAGUGUUCAAAAAUUAUGCUAAAAAUAACUUUAUCUGUAAAACGCGGUUGCAUAGAUUAAGGAUGGGAGUUGUACGCUCGUGGUUGUGGGUUCCUGACACUGGCUAAUUUCAUUUAUCAAGCCUCUUUUUGACGGACUCUAUAUAUCUUUACUCCCUUUAUUUGACUCUUAAAAAUAAGGACAUCUGUCUAGGACGGGCACUUAGAGACGGUACCGAAGGUUCAAAAGGUGUUCGUCUUAGAGAGAGAGUCAACAGCAUAACAUGCGAAGUUUAACAAUGAAAAAAUACCAGGGGCGUAGCCAGCCCAUAGACCUGUAGGCCCGGGCCUACAAAUUUUUGGUUUGAUCACUCUACUGCUUGUAAUAAAUUAUGCGUUGUUGGGGUGAGCGAAAAAGCUUAAGAGCUCAAAGUAUUGGUGAGGUCAGUACGUACUAGUCACGUGUGCAGUUUUCAGGAAAUGUGGAAAUGAAAGUCAGCCAGGCCUACAACUAGUCGAAAAGCUGGCUACGCCCCUGAUAAAAAGAAAUUAGAAAAAAAUAAUUAAAAAGAAUUAGCCAUUACAAAGGUUGCGUUUGAGACAGGGCUGCGUUGAAUUGACUAUCUUGGGGGAUGAAUUUGAAAAACCUCGAAAUUGCUAAUCAAAGAAGUGAUAGGGCAAUAAAACAGUCUCAUACAUGUACAGGCGCGGAUCUAGGGGGAUGGUGCAGGGUGUGCGCACCCUUCCCCCACACCCUCUGAGAUGACGUGCGGUUUUCUAAUAUAACUGGUAUUCUGCCAAAAAAAAAAACUAUGUGGUUUAUUGGUGUUGAAGUAGAGCAAGAGACGAGUGCACCCCCUCCUAAAAAAAUCCUGGAUCCGCCCCUGAUGUAUGCAAAUGGCACAACACUGACCUACAGGCGGCUUGUACAUGUACUCAUUUCCUGAAGACUGAAGGAGUCAUGACUAGGGUAUCGACUGAUCAUGAUAUGAUUAGAAAGACUUUUUAACUGCAAUUUCUUUCUUUUGAACUGCGAUUUCACAUAGUGGAUGAAAAAUUGCAUUCUCUGCAGAUCGAUGCAGACUGAAAUACGAGUUAUAAGCAAAAUUCAUCCCACAUUACAACAGGCACGUUUUUCAGCUCACGAGUUUCUUCAAAAUGAUAUGUUCAAAAAUGCAUUAAAUAUCUUCUCUAAUUUUGUCACUGCAACAAUGAAAAUGUCCAUUUUUAUCAUUAUUAUUUUUUUCCAUCCUCGGCCGGCUGCCUUUUUAUAUGGCCAAAAAUACAGACUGGUUACGGAGAGUUUAGGUUUUCGGUUAUAGGUUAGAAAGUGGAGGUCAGAAGUGCUGGGGGACUUUAUUUGAUAUCAGUAAAACUAUCAACUCUCUUCUCCCGACCAAAAAAAUGUUGAAUUUUUAGCAAGAUGGAUACGUAGAAGGGAUUUGCUAGCACAGAUUGCUUGGUCAAGUUAUAUAAACCGAAGUCGAGUCAAUGUUUACUAUUACAAUUACAUUCAGAGAAGAGACGUAUGUGAAGAGAUUUCCUGGAGCAGCUCAAGUUUCUUUUGACCUCCACUAUAGCUCGCCUCUGUAUGCACGCAUUACCAUUUUACCAAGGAAAAAGGGGAAUCUCAUUGACAGGGCUUUUAUAACGGUUGCUCAUUUAAUACUUAGGGACCAGUUGUACAGCAUUGAUAUGAAAUCUUAUUUCACUGAACGGUAAAUGCCAUUUUCACUAAAAUGGAAAUUGUACAUAUUCUAAAAAACACAAAUACAUGUUAUUUUUAUCAUUUAGUUUUGUUUUAUCUUUUAGUUUCCACGAAAUUGUGAAAUACAAAUGGGUGAGGUCGUGAAGGUUGAUGGUGGUCGGGAGGAGGCUUGGAGAGUAGUUGUUAUAUUAUUAUUAUUUAUUAUUUAUUUUUUUAACCUUUACAUUCACUGUGGAGUUUCAUGUAUGUUAUUGCAUAGCCUACUAAGCUAAAUAACUUUAAUCCUCAUCUCACGUUAUCACUGCAGGGCCUUAGCUAUAAUAAGACGAACCAAUUAACUUGUGUGUGCCGAAGAGGCUGUGGAUUUUUUUUUUAAAGUAGCUAUGAAAGAAAGUGCUAAGUUUUUGUUUCCUGAUCAUCGAAUGUUGCCUUGGUAGGUAUUUUGGUCUGGCUAGGCCUUGCUUGAGUGGCUGCAUGUUUUUGCUGGCUAGCAGGGCUCCAUCUAAGUUUUAAAUCAACGGUGACGCUUUGCUGAGAGAGAGAGCUUCAGCAACUUCGACGGUGAUGGCAGCGAAAACGUCAUUUUAAAAGAGAAUUCUUGUUGUUUUAAUCUUCAACGCUGCUAUUCCACCUCAGUCUUUCAUCCAAGUUAAAAAAAAAAGAAAAUAACGAAAAAAUCCUCGCCGUCUUGUAUUUAGGUCCUAAGCCGCGAAACUUGAAAGUUGGAGGUUGAGUUUGGAAGUCGUGAGUGUGUUGUAACCACAAGGGAAUGUACCAAAAUGAAUGAUACACUUACUGAAUUGUUGUUUUGCUUAUGAAACCUCUCGCUUUUUGACGUUUACGUUCUCUUGCCUUGACGGCGUUUAGGAAGCUCACUUUUAUUAAUGUAUGUAUUAUAUGUCUGAAUAUUGUAAGAUCGUACUUAUUAACGUGUCAGUGUAAUCGAAAAAAAUUAUAAUAAAGAAGGCAAUACAAAUAGCUGCUUUUCACGUUAAAUAUGUAUUGAGAGGUAUCUACAAAAUCAAAAAUUUAACGGUGAGAGAACACUGUUGGUGACUCGGACAUGCGCGGACACUUCAUCCUUAUUUCAGCAGAAGUUUCUCUAACGAAGAACGAGUGAGCCACUUUUACAGUGCUACCGCUAAUGUCAAGGAAAUCUUGAAUUAUUUCCGCUCUAAAAUCUCGUUAACAUUACUUGGUCUCCACGGGAUGAUUAAAAAACAACACUCGAGCCAAACACAGCGGGUUCGCAUUUUUAAUAACAAGCAAACAUCAUGAAAAUUUCCUUGACUUCUUAUUGGCUGAUUAAACGCAUUUGUCGUGCAAUAAAUACGACUGUCAAGCUGUCAUAUCCUCUUAUUAAAGAUGAAACGUUCACCAGAAAAGGUUUUCUUCUGCCUCUAAAGAGGUAAGUUAAAGGCUUGUAGAAUACCGUCUAAUUACGUAAGCCAAGUUUAUAUGGAGUCUACUUACAGACUGUGAUAUCACACUUAGGACCUUGCUUUAGCAUUUUCACGAAAGUCAGGUUUAGCGACAUUUAGUCUUUAUUGACAAAGAGCGCUUUAUCACGCGAAAAAAAAGAUGUGGAGAAUCAUGUUCUCUAAACAGCAAGAGUAAGGAAAUAAAAAGCAUGUGUAAUUUGCUAUGCAAAGAACCACGUACAGAUAGGCAAGAGUUAACUACAGCAAGAGUGAAGUCCACUUCAUAAACCCUUUGUUAGAAUUGUCGUCAGUGUGAAAUGUUGCGUUAAAGACAUAUGAAUUAAACCCUUUAGUGACGGCCAGAAAGUAGCGAAAAAAACCGCGUUUUUCACCAAUUCCUUUUUCUUGGUCUGGUUCUCGGCUUAUUGGCAUGGGAAUGGCUUAAAAUGAGUUUUGCAGCAGUAAGGGCAUAUCUUCCGACUAAUCGGAUGUAAUUAAGCAGCGUUUUUUUGUUUUUCACGCAUGCUCAUAAGCCAAUAUUUGGAAUUUCUCUUUUAUUUAUUUACUUUUUUUGCGAAUCUAUUCGAUCUUUCUUUCUCGCUCUCAUUUUCUCCUUUGCCUUUCCUUUCCAUAUGCUUCAGUUGUUACCCGCUUUAUCGUCUUAGUCUUUUGCAUGGAAUUGUGGCUAGCUAACUUUUUCGGAAAGGAGCAAAUUUAAACUGCAAAGAGUAGUAGGUAAACAGCAAAAUUACUAAUGGAUUUUUCCCCAAAAUAUUACUGGUUAUUUGUAUGUAACCCUGUCAGGAUUGAUCAGAAUAUCCAAAACGAAGUAUUGGUGGAAAGAUCUAUUUUUGCUGACAUUGUUGCUCACCAACUUAUUAGCUUGGACUGAAAGCUAAAUGGGUCCAGGAAGGAAAAUAUGCAUCGUCCCAUGUAGAAUGAAAACGACCAAAGGGUAAAUUUGUCUGAAUAAAGUUCAAGAAAUCUCCUGUAGGCCAAACGUUUAUGGUAUACCUUUGUUGCUAUAACAACCAACAAGAGUUAACCAGCGAAAGGGAGAUCCACUUCAUUAUCCUUGAAGUAGAAUUGUCGUCAGUGUGAAUUUGCUGCCGUUAAAGAAAUAUACAUCUAAUUUGCCUGAAUAAAAUUCAAUAGAACCCCUGAAUGGGCCAAAAUCACUGUGACAUGCUUUUUCAGUUACUACUACAACAAUCAUGCAGGAGUCGAAGUCACUUGCUACAUUCUCACCAAACUCCCCACUUGCCUCGCCUGCCUCUGCGCGUUUUCUUGUUUUCACAUAUGACACAUGUCGCUCGCCGCUAUAAAAUAUUCGCUUAUUAUGACUUUUACGAGUGAUGAGAAGUUUUCUUUGCUAGCUGGCUUAUAACAAGAAACAAUCAUUGGCAGUAUUCUUAAAGGUUUCGUCUCGACUAAAAUUGAGAUCCGAUAUUAGGUUUCAAGAUGUUCUUUUACGGAUAAGGAAACACAUAUACAAGUUUUUAAAACGAUUAUGCGCAAGUUAAGAAAAAGAUAUAUUUAAGUUUCAAAAUUCUAAACUUAGAAAAUAUAUUCACCAUUCUAAUUCUUUACGGCGUAAAUUUGAAGAAGAUAAGGACGUGCAAUACUGAUAAUCUUUUUUCUAAGAAAGUAAAACUAAUUCUGAUUGUCGAAAUUAAAAAACUUGAUUUAAAUCUGGGGCAAGUUUAAGACCAAAACAAGAGUGCAAGGGUUCCUCUGCCGGUGCAAAGAAUGAACUUGAUGAGAACAGUUCGACAGUAUUUCGGCAGCGUUUUAACUUUUACACUAUAAAGCAAAAUUUUAUUAAAUUCUGAAACAUUUUUUAACCAAAUAGGAGUUUAAUUUGACAAGCAGUUGGAAAUGAGAGAAACUGUUGAUUAAAAGAUAGUAAGUUUUAUGAACUGAUCGAAUAAAUAUUCAAAGAGAGUUGAACCAGCUGCAACGUGGAAACUGAGAUAAAUUUAAAUUGCAGAUUGGUUUGAAUGUAAUUAUAUGCCUAACAAUCGAUUCACUGAGAGCCUUUUUUAUUGUCCGAGACAUCGAGCCAAGCGUGUCAUAACUUGAACGUAAACUGCUCCAUGUUAACUAGGAAAGAUUUUCUCGACCCUUCUCACAAGAAUGGUGAGAAGAUUCUAUGAGAAUCGAAACCUUUCUGAUAACUCAACCACCUUUGAUACGGCUUCUGAAACACACCGCUCUUCGACAGCUAAAUGUAAGUAUUAAUUCUUUACGACCGUAUACAUUAUACAAAGUGAAUUAUGUUUUUCUUCCUGAUACCUAAGUUAUGUCUACCAUUGCGGAGAUUAAGUGAUAAAAAUACGGCCAAGAGCUAGUUUAUGCUGGGCCAACAAGAAACAAACGCAUAUAUACAGUCUACCCAAAUACAAUUUAUUACAAAUUUAAGACAAACUUUUCGGCUCUAAAUUCACCGAGAUUCCCCAUUUAUUUACAUCGAUAUUUUAAGGUCUACCUAAAAGCAGCCUCGAGCAUGACAAAAAUUUUCAUCCGCCUUCUUUCAGAUUCACAAGUAAAAAGACAAACGAAGAGAACUCUCCUCAUUUUCGCUGAAAUUGCUUCACGCUUUUUCUCUUUACUUUUGCUUUCCCACAGCUGAUGGAGAGCGUUUAAAUAAAAAACAUCGUAAUUUAUUCACCAGUAGGAGAAAAUAAAUAUGACAGUUUUCAGUUACUAUCAGCUUUUUAUAACUUCUCAAUCGCUCGCUUAUUUUAUUCCAGUUUAUAGCUGGGUGAAAAAAUGUCGAUAAAUAUAUACUCUAGAUAUUUAACUUAUGCUCAGUCAAAUCAUCAGAAGGUAAUUCUAGGUUAACUAAAACAUAUGUAACAAUUCAAUUUUUAUAAUAUGAACUUUUCGUGAAUGAAGUUCAAAUCUUUUUGCGAUUAAUUACACUCCGCCAUAGACUCAGUUAUAAACAAUUCAAUUAUUCGCCAAGAGUUUAUCUGUCGAGAAGAAAAAUGAAUCUUUCAUAUAUGCACUUUUAUGACCUUACUGAGGCUGAAUUAAUCAACCCAACUUGAGUUUAAUUCGAAUAAAGUAGCGUGGAUGUGAAUUAGGAAGUCAGAUUAAGUUACAUUUGCUUUUGCUGUUUGUCUCAGUGAUUUAUGACAAAUAGACGGGCUUUUCUAAAAGCUGUUUUCUUUCGUUAACCACAAUUGAGCCAAAACAUCUAAUUAUACAACGAUCGCUUGACGUUUGCAGCAGUCAAAAUGUCUUGAAAAAUAGAUAAUUAUUCUUUUUAGCACUAGUAUAUUUACUUUCCAUUUUCGCGUAGUUUGGCCAGAAGUCAUGAUAAUCGGUCAUUUAUGAAACAAUCCUCUAAACGGCAUUUAAUAAUAUACUAUCCUUUAUAACGUUUGCUGUGAAAUAGAUAAUUCAGAACUCUCAUCUAUUUCUUCUUCUUCAUUUUUCCUUUAUUUUUUCUUCUUCGGAGACACAUUAGAAACUAAACCCGAUCUCUCGAAAUCAAAUCCCCCAGCUUCCGUUCACCAGUCGGUCAAUCACAGUAAGGCAAGAGAGGACCUUAAAAGCUUUACCCCCGAUAUUUGCUUUUCCUAAAAGGUUGUUGGAAAAAUCAGGUCGGAAAACAUGCAUCGAAAUCCACUCAGUCCAUGUACUCUCUUAAUUCUAGGCCGCUUUAAUUACUAAAGCCAGUAUUACUCCAGCAAAACUCUCUAAAAGAAAUACAAAGGAAACUGGAACAGACACACUAAUAAUCCUGUUUUAAUUCGACUGGUGGGCCUUUAGUACAACAGCUCUACUUCAAUUUCUCGAUUUAGUUGCUUUUGAAAUUUAUUGAGUUUCUUUUAACAUUUUAAAAUGCAAUUUUUUUUUCUCACUGUCGAUUCAACUUCUAAGUUUUGUAGCCAACUGGGAAGUGCAGAUGUAAUCUUAUUAAGACUUCUAAAAUAUGGUGAUGUUUAACCAACGUUAGAGAAAGAGUAGAGGAAAAGGGUAAAACAAGACUGAACAAACAUAUCAUAUGGUGCACGCAUACAAACGUACUGCUUCCCUUUCUUUGUAUUCGAUUGUAUCCUUGGCUCACGACAAUAAUACCAAGAACGUACAAAUCUACAUGUAUCCUUUCUCUGCCUCGAUAUUAAAAGCAUAGUGGAGUAUUUAGGAGGCCUAUUCCGCAGUCAAAAGCCUUGUUUUUCGUCAAGAGAGACUCUUGUUUUCGUAUUUUACAGGGGCGGAUCCAGGAUUUUUUUAGGAGGGGGUGCACUCGUCUCUUGCUCCACUUCAACACCAAUAAACCACAUAGUUUUUUUUUUUUGCAGAAUACCAGUUGUAUUAGAAAACAGCAGGUCAUCUCAGAGGGGGGAGGGGGCUGCGCACACCCCUGCACCCUCCCCCUAGAUCCGCCCCUGUGUUAAGUUUCAGCAGGUUUUUCUUUUAGCAUUCUCCUCGCCGAGAUUUCAUUCCCUCUAAAAAUGCCUUUGUUGCUGAUUAAAGUUCUUGGCACAAAAAUCGAAGUUAACUUUGGGAAUUUUUUAAAGAUUUUUUUUAAUGAUUUGCCAAACAAACAAUGGUUGCGUCGUGCAGGAGUAUUUUCCUUCUCCUCUGCCCCCUCCCCUCAGUCCUAUAUUAGGGAGUUUAAGAUACCACGACGGCGACGGCGGCAAAAAAUAUCGCUUAAAAAGUGACUCCUCCAUCUAUGAAACGUUAGUGCGAUUUUCCCAACUCGGUCACUAUGUUUUAUGUAAGCGAACUCUCCUAGAGUUGAAUUCUUAAGAAAAAUAUCCAGGUAUACAAAGAGUAAGAGAGAUUCGUCGUCGUAUGUUCACGUUGUCGAUAAAACGUGAAAUUAGGCAAUUCACGUCGUAGUCGUGCAGUGACGGCAAAGAAAUGUACAAAAACGCGUGAUGCACAUGCAGAGUUGUUGUUUUGCUAAUCUUAACCGAUUGCUUUUUGACGUUCUCGUUGCCGUCGCCGUAGGGGCAUCGUAAACUCCCUAAUAUAACGUACCCGUCGUCCUCUCCCUUAAAAUUAGUCCUUUGCUCGCCCUAACUGUCUAAUGAGAAAAACUUGAGACAGUGGCCGGUUUGAAAAAAUAUAUAUUUUCUCUGCCUUCCUGUACAUCAAUAAAACACUGACUUCUCUUAUUAAUUACCUCUUGAACUGUUUGGUUCUUUGGUUCAAAAACGGAAGCUGUAGGCCAUUUAGCCUAACUUGAAUCCACACCCCUUUCCCGCUGGGGCAGUGUUUUCACGGCGACGCUUUGCAGUUUUCCUGCCACAAUUUUCACAUCACAAAUCAUACUUGACUCAUCUGACACCUUGAUCUUUUCAGUUGGCAGUGAAUGUGGGCGAAAGGCAAUUUGAACCGGCUGUUUGAUAAGCCGUUCCUGAUCUCCACUAACUAUGCCCUAUACUCUACAAAACGGAUAUGAGAUACCCAGACUUGCUCCUUGCUUUUUUUCUUCAUUCCUUUUUUUUAGAUUUUAACGUAAUAUAAGGCGGAUACCUCUCUAAGGCGGACCACUCCUCGUCCACCUUAGGGCUGAACAGGCAACAACAAGACAGAGUUGACUGCUCCACAAGAAAAUCGUUUAAACUGUCACGUUGCCUUGAUCACUGUUUCUUUUUCGAAUCAGUUUAUAAAUUGAACACUUUAAGAACCUUAAACAUCAGGACCCAGUUGUUCGAAGGCCGAUUAGCGCUAACCCAGGGUUAAAUUUUAACCUGGGUUUCUUUUUCUUUUGUUCAAAAGCAUUUUCCCGGAUAAUUUUCUCUAUUCUUUUUAGAGCAUCCAGUCAUCAAAUUGUAGGCAAAAAGAAUAAAACUGAAUUUGCUUUUUAAGCUUUCAUAUCUGAAUUCAAAUUUCGCACUAACCCUGGGUUAUCUUAACCCUGUUUUGAACAACCCGGCCCAGAGUGCCUAUUCCCUACACUGAGAGAAGUUGUUUAAACAUCGCGGCUACGUUUUAAACUUGGUGAUUUCCGUAAAAUCCUCUAUUAAGCUCCCUCCCUCUAAUAAGCAACCCCCCCACCUUUUCAGGGGAAGAGGGUAACAGAGGAUUUACGGUAUUCGCUUAAAAUUCUUAUGAUCUUUGUAUUUGGUUUAGCAGUUACAUUAUACACACUCUCUCCCCCGGCUUUUCACUUUUAUACUUUAAAGGAUUAGAUUUGAAGGGUGGAUACUAUCUUCCUUCCGGAUUAAUGCUUAAGUUAAGUUUAUUAUCUUUCUAUGGAGUUUCAUUUCCGGUUAGAUACCGAUAAAAUUUUCUAUUUCGUUUUCCACAGUUCCUGUCUUGCCAGUGGCGCUAACAGUAGGUCUUGGUUUACUAUCAGUUAUUUUGCUCGUCACUAUAUUCCUAAUCAGAAAACGACGCAAGGCUGAUAAAUACAAACAGUAUUCCCAAAUAGCCAAAACCGCUGUCCAACCGCCACAAUUCGCCGUCCGAUCAAUCCAGCAACGUUUAGGGACGACAAAUAAGUCACGUUUCAACAGUCAUACAGCAUCAAGUAAAGUAACUUCUUCAGAGGAAUCGCUAUCACCCAUGUCAAGCGCCGAGGACAUGUUCUUUGAUGCUCAAGAAGGGCUGGAAAGUCGAACAUCACGUUCGGUUUCCAGUCGUGAGCCGAGCCCAGCACCCGAAGAAAAGGACAGCGAAGAAAAUGAAAUUUACCCCUUGGAGAACAUUGGGCGAAUUUGGUUCAAUCUCGAAUAUGACGCGUCCGCUGAGAGUUUAGCGGUAACUGUGGUUAAGGCAAGAAAUCUUUCGUGCCGCGAUAAAGCCGUGAAAACGUGCGACCCAUUUGUUAAACUGCAUAUUUUGUGCCCUGAAGAGAAGAAUGUGGCACAGAGUAAAUGCAAAAGAAAAACUCGUCGACCAAACUUUGAUGAAAUGUUCUAUUUUAAUCUUCCUCUUUCGGAGCUUCAGAGGUGUACACUUCGUUUAUCAGUAUAUGACGGGUAUAGAGCGAGCCAACAAUAUAUUGUUGGGGAAGUGUUGUUUCCGUUGAUUGAGUUGGAUAGAAACAAAAAAAUGCAGCUGUGGAGAGAUCUACAAGCCACAGAGGAGGUAAGGCAAUUCGCGUCAAAACAUUUUAAUCUCUUCUUACGACCUUAUCACUGAUAUAAAUUUUAAUCUCCGAAUAGCAUAAAAAAGACCAAUGCGUUGGCAAUGGGGAGGCUCUUAUACCAGAACAAAAAGGUCAUUUCCCAACAAUUUAAUACAUAAUUUUACACUAUUUUGUACCCACAUCAAAUUACAUUUCGUCAAUCCUAUAAUGUAAUAGUGGUAUUUUCUGGACCCUGUAAUGAUCUGUAAUAAUAGCUGUGGUCACACUACAGACUUUUACCGAGGUAAAACCGAUUUACCUAGGGCAAAUUCAUUAAAAAUUUCCCGAGGUAAAUUCAUCUAAAUUUAUCUAGUCUUUACUAAACAUGCAAUGGUUGUUUGACUAACCAAGGGAAGUCCAUUGAACGCUAUCACUUUCUGACAUCUGUUUGAAAUGUUCUUGACCUCAAAAUUCUGCACAUUUCCAGUAUGCUUGAAAUUGUUGUGUACAUUACAAAAUAUCUGUUGUUCACCGUUACUCAAAUUCAUGUUUCAUUGGCCUACAAUCAACUAGCCGGGCUAUCUUGAUCAACGAAUUUGUUUAGACUCUUAACCAUUCCAUUCAGACAAAGUAAACCACAAGUGUUUAUACGAUGUCGUUCAAACAGAGACGAUUGUUUGAAACCGAUAAGGUAUAAUGACAUAAGCUCUAAUUAUAUUAACGUGUUGAAAAGGGCAAGGCGUUCCCUGUCAGUAUAAUAAGCUAAAAACACUCCCAGAAAACUCAGGACGAGACGACAGUACACGUAGUAUUUCCUUUUCUAACCUUUUCUCACGGGUUUGCUUUGGCAUGAAACUCUUCGAAACCAAUACUAAGGGAAGGAAAACAUGCCGUUAUUGGUCAAUUUCAAGGCGGCAACAUAAAUAGAUGGAGUGGGAAGCGGUCUUGCGCAUGAAGGCGGAUCUUCCGUAAAAGAUCCCUGAUUAUUUUGGGCGAUCAUCUAGAAAGAACGGGAAUUUCUGCACCUCUUUUUAGUUCUACAUUUAUCUAUGUUCACUUUUUUGUUUUCCCCAUCUUGUUUUUAUACUUAAUUUUCAUUUCAUUUAAUUUGAUUAUUGUUAUGUUUGCUUUCUGUGAUUGAAAUAGAAUCAGUCUGAACUUGGCGAGAUCCACCUCUCAAUGUCAUACUACCCCACCCUGGACAGGCUUACAAUUAUCGUUCUCAGAGCAGCAAAUCUUAAGAAAAUGGAGCCUCAUGGUACAGGUGACGACACAAGCUUCAUUUGUGGGUGGGGAAAGCAGUUUAUGAGAAUACCAUAGUAUACUAUUAAGGGCCGUUUAGGGUAGUAAUCUUAUGUAAACCUCACUUUUGUUCUUGCGAGUGCUUUGCUACGGUACUUUGUAUACCCUGCUUCGGCCCCGUUUUUCUUGGCUUCCUCCUUUUAACGCUUUUUCGAUUGCGAAAUACUAAGCAUUUUUGCGUAUUUUUCCCAUUUUUCGCCUUUCUCACCCCACCCUCCUAGAACUCACAUCUCCCGCCUGGCUUUCUUCCAGGAGCUUUCUUCUCCCUUUCUCAGGCUGCCCCUCUUGGCCCAUAUUAGGGAGCUUUAGCAACGACGACGGCGACGGCAACCAGGACGUCAAAAAAGCAGUAGGUUUAUUACGCAAAAUAACAACGGACUUUGCACGUGCAUCACGCUUUUUUGUACAUUUCUUUACCGUCCUUGCACGACUACGACGUGAAAAUGCCUAAUUUCAAUUUUUAUGGAGGACGUAAACAAGCGACGACGAAUCUCUUUUUCUCUCUCUAAACUUGAGUGCGGUCCUCCAGAAAUCAACUCCAGGGAAAUUCGCCUACACUUGCCAUUUUCAGCAAACUGGAAUAAUCGCGACAAAGAUCGAAAAAACGGGAAUUCAUUUUAAAACUAACGUUUUCGCUACCGUUGCCGUAGUCGAGCUCCCUCUUAAGAUCCGAGGACGGCGACGGCAGAAAAAACGUCGCUGAAAAAGUGAAUUCGUGUUCUUUCAAUCUUCAUCGUGAUUACUCCAAGUCACUAACUUUUUCAAAUGUAGGCGAACCCUCCUAAAGUUGAAUUCCUAAGAACUAUAUCCAAGUUCAGAAAGAGAGGGGAAAUUUCGUCGUCGCUUGUAUACUUUCUCUGUACAUCGUGAAAUUAGGCAUUUUCACGCCGUAGUCGUGCAGUGACGUGCGUGAUGCACGAGCAAAAUUGUUGUCGUCGUCGGAUCUUAAGGUCCCUUUUAGGAAGCGAAAACGUCGCUGGGUAGUCAAACUUCGUUACGCUUUUUCCAUCUCGUUCAUUUCGUCAAAUGUUGCCGAAUUUUUCGUGAGCUGAACGCUAAAGGAGUGCCGUAUCAAAGUUAAGGAAAAGAAAAAGAGGGUCGUUGUCUUGUGUUCAUGUCCUCCACAAAACGUGAAAUAAGGAAAUUUCACGUUGUAGUCUUACAGUGACGGCAAAGAAAUGUACAAAAAAGCGUGAUGCUUAUACAAAGUUGUUGUCUUGCUGUCGACGCUGUUUUAACUCCCUAGCUAAUCUCCCGUGCUCUCACCCCCAGGUCCUCCCCCCCACACAUGCAUGAGCUUCUCAAAAGUCUGCAUACCCUGUUACGCAGUUACAUACAUUGCACUUUCGCUUCUGUUUCUUUCGGUUCAAAGGCCUACCCCCAAUUUACUUAAAAUUCUUUAAUCAGAUCACAGGAAAAGCUACGUUCUAAUGCAAGUAACCUACUUUAAGUCAUAAUACGACUGUGCUAUUCAACAAAGAAAACCGGAAUUAUUACUCUUCGGCAAAGCUGAGCUUGCGCAAGGAAGAGUAUUAUGGCAUUUUUCUAAAUGGGUUAAGAGAUUGACGGGCGCCAUAGUUAAGAUCAACACGGCUGAAACCAAGAAAGGAAUGGCCCACUAUCCUCUUUUACUGGAAAGGAUGGCUUGAUUCUGAAAACCACUAAAAUCAUCUGAGAAGGAAUUCGAAAUAGUCUUGUUUACCUGCGUAGCCAAGAGUUUUGAGGGAGCGCUAUGAAGGAAAAUUAUUGUCGAAACUUUGCAAGAAUCCCUGUCGCCCUUCCGCCGUUGGCGACUUUUCCCGUUCAUGUGCUUUGUUUUAAAAAGCAAUAGGCCACAUUUUCCUUACCCCUAACCCCUACUCUUAAGAGGUGUGCCUCCGCCCCAACCCCAGGAUCGGCGACCAAGCAGUUUGGCCUUAAGGUCUCCUCAGAGGAAGGGCAAUAACCCUGUUUUCAGUCUCUGAUUAUGUGGUUUCUCUUGUUUUUGUUUCAGACUCAUACGCUACAGUGACGUUUUCAGUUGGAAACAAGAUAAUCAAGACAAAGAAGGGCUCAGUACACCACACAACAAGAAAUCCUCUCUACAACGAAUCUUUCAACUUCACGGCGUCCGGAGAUGAUCUGGGGACUGGUACUUUAUUAGUGUCAAUCAUGCACUCCAGGGGAGGGGGGAAGGAAGACAAAUUGAUCGGUAGGGUGCUGCUAGGGGGUAUGAUGUACGCGAGGGGGACUGAGUGCGAACAUUGGACCGAGAUGAUGACGAAUCCACGAAGUAUGAUAAAAUAUUGGCACACCUUAACAAGGUAACUGGUGACGGAAUUUAACUGAACAUGUCAAUAGUCAAAUACAAAUGUAGGACUGGUCAGGCAAAUAUGCAGGGCAGCAUGAUUUCCUGUAAACAUUAGGAUAUCUCGUCGAUGCAGGAAGGCAAACAGAUAUAUCUUUAAAUGUGCUAUGUACUUUAUUUUUCUUAUUUAGAUACGUUUUCGCCUAGGAAGUUUCUUUUGAGGUUCUUAAUAGUCACACCUAGUGAUUGUCUAAGUGCCGAAAGAGGCUAGGCCCUAUCUAGUCGAGACGUUAUUUGAGAAAGAGAGAGAUUUACCCUGUCUAGUCUAAAAAUUGUACAAAAAUCAGCCCUUUGAGAUUAUCUAAACCCGUGAACACGAAUCAGCGAGUUAAAGGCUGAGGUUUGUUUCCUAACUGAUGUCAUUAGCUAGCAACACAGUACAUGUCUCUGCCACCGGAAAGUUUUAAAGGAAUUUCCCAGCGAAACCGCGUCCAAAUAGGAGAAAACGUUUAACGGCCUGUUUACAUGGAGAUGGGGGACCCCAGGUAGGUGAGGUAAUAUGUGGCGGGUCACCCCAUCUAUCAUGCAAACGUGAUCAAAUUAAGAUGAGAGAUUAUAUGAACAAGCGGGUUACCCCACCUAAGCGGGUUACCUCACCUACCUGGGGUCCCCGACCUCCAUGUAAACAGGCCCUUUCAAGUCAGGUAGUCGAGUACUGUGAGUUCCACUGUGUUCUUAGCUUUGCAAAUAAGACUGUGAUGAUGACAGGCUUAGCCUGCGCAUUUCCAAAGUAAGCUGUAAAUGCUUUGAACAUUGGUACCUGCAAGUAACAUGCAGAGAGCACCCCUCCCCUACCGGGCCUCCUUUUUAGGAUAUUAACCCUCAUCCCUCACUCCCCUCUUAGAAUAUGAACAAGUUAUGGAAAUAAUUGCAUGUAUAUUUUUGUGUUCAUUGUAUUUGUAUUUUUAUUGCCGAGCUUAUGUUAAAAAGUAAAAUUUAUUUAAACUGAAGUUUUAUGCUGGGGUUCUAAGUGAAUAUACAAGAAGAGAAAUAAAAAAACAUAUUUUCAACUGAUAUCU